GAUCCAGUCGCAGUAGGGCGACUGUGGCAGAUUUUUCGCUGAGGGGUGGUGUGCCGCCGGUGGCACGUUACCGGCUAUGGAAACUGUGGAGGCGGAAGAGGAGUACGCGGAGGAUUGUCCUGAAUUGGUCCCCAUUGAGACCAACAACCAAGAAGCGGAAAAUCUUGACUUCAUCAUUAAGAUUCCAGUCACAAUUAUCACCGGGUAUUUAGGUGCUGGAAAGACAACACUUCUGAACUACAUUUUGACAGAACAACAUAAUAGAAAAAUAGCAGUUAUUUUAAAUGAAUUUGGAGAGGGGAGUGCAGUAGAGAAAUCCUUAUCCAUCAGUCAAGGUGGAGAACUCUAUGAGGAGUGGCUGGAACUUAGAAACGGCUGUCUCUGCUGUUCAGUGAAGGACAAUGGCCUUAGAGCUAUAGAGAAUCUGAUGCAGAAGAAGGGGAAAUUUGAUUACAUACUCUUAGAGACCACCGGACUAGCAGAUCCUGGUGCAGUGGCUUCUAUGUUUUGGGUUGAUGCGGAGUUAGGGAGUGAUAUUUAUCUUGAUGGUAUCAUAACUGUUGUAGAUUCAAAAUAUGGAUUGAAACAUUUAGCUGAAGAAAAACCUGAUGGCCUUGUCAAUGAAGCUACUAGGCAAGUUGCUUUGGCAGACAUGAUUCUUAUCAAUAAAACAGACUUGGUUUCAAAAGAGGAGCUAAACAAAUUAAGAACAACUAUCAGAUCAAUAAAUGGACUGGGAAAAGUUUUAGAAACUCAAAGAUCAAGAGUUCAUCUCUCAAAUAUAUUAGAUCUACAUGCCUAUGAUAGUCUCUCUGGAAUAAGUUUACAGAAAAAACUUCAGCAUGUGCCAACAGCACCCCACCUUGAUCAGAGUAUUGUUACAGUCACAUUUGAAGUACCAGGAAGUGCAAAGGAAGAGUGUCUAAAUGUAUUUAUCCAGAAUCUCCUGUGGGAAAAGAACGUACAAAACAAGGACGGCCACUGCAUGGAGGUCAUACGACUGAAGGGGCUGGUAUCCAUCAAAGACAAACCACAGCAAGUGAUUGUGCAAGGCAUCCAUGAGCUGUACGACCUGGAAGAGAGCCUCGUAGGCUGGAAGGAUGAUGCUGAGAGAAGAAGUCAGCUGGUCUUUAUUGGCAAGAAUUUAGAUAAGGAAGUUCUUAAAGAACUCUUCCUCACUGCUGUGGCAGAAACAGAAGAGCAGAGGACAGCACCUGGCAAAGAUCAAGUUUGUCCAUCACACUAGAAGCCAUUUCUUACCAAAAGAACUGAUAAGAAAAACAAGGAUCAGUUUCCUACUGGAUGUAUUUCAAUCCUGAAUUCUUUCAUUACCUCUGUUAGGAGUGAACUUUAUGAUAGUAUUUAUUUUAUAAAAUACAUGAGGUUUUAGUAAAUCAUUAUAAAACAUUUGAUAUUCAUAUAAUAAAAUAUAUCUUCUGAAGGGUUAUUUUGAGACAAUAUUUCACAACAAUUCCAGAAUUUUCUUUCAAGUUUAAGCAUGAAUACUGACAACUUAUGCUUCAUUAUAUUUGCAAAAAUGUGGCAAACUUUAACAUUUUCCUUUUCUUUUUAAACUUCAGAUAAUUACAGAGAUACAAUGAUUGUAUUGAUAGUAACAAAAAUAUUAAAACAAAUGCUGUCAUUUUAUUUUUAAAAAUA